UUCAAAGAUACGCAUCGUGAUUGGAUUUCAAUUUAACCAGUGUUCUAGAAGUGUUCCAAGCGGGAAAUGGCAUCCAACGUAAUGAUACGAUUGGCCUCCGAUCGAGCAAAUUUAUCGUUGCUGUCCGGGGACAGUAAUCCGCGUCUUUUUACGCCGGGAGAAGUUAUCACAUCCCAGCAAGGGUACAUGCGUGGCCAUGGAACUUACAUGGAAGACGAGGACAUCAAAUCAUCCGUGGCCGGUGUUAUGGUGCAGGUGAACAAACUCAUCACCGUUAAACCAUUGAAGGGGCGCUAUGUGGGAGAAAUCGGUGAUGUGAUAGUGGCUCGGGUCACCGACGUACAGCAAAAGCGUUGGAAAGUAGACACCAACUCACGAUUGGAUUCCAUUCUGUUGCUAUCCUCUGUCAAUCUUCCUGGUGGAGAACUACGCAGAAGGGGCGUGGAAGAUGAGCAACAGAUGCGAAAAUAUCUCCAGGAGGGAGACCUUAUUUCCGCUGAAGUUCAAAACGUACAUUCGGAUGGAGUGCUUUCGCUGCAUACACGGAGUUUGAAGUACGGAAAACUAGCACAGGGAAUACUGGUGAAAGUGUUUCCUUCGUUGAUCAAACGUAGAAAAACUCAUUUUCAUAAUCUACCAUGCGGAGCCUCGAUCAUUCUGGGGAAUAACGGUUUUAUUUGGAUAUCACCAAUCGUCAAUACGGAAGGCGAUGAGAGUGGUGGAUUUACACAAAACCUAGAGGAGUCCAUUUCGAAACAGGAUAGAGAGGUGAUUUCACGGCUAAGGAACUGCAUUCUGGCUUUGGCAAACUGCAAAAUGUUGCUGUACGAUACGAGCAUAUUGUAUGCUUACGAGGAAUCGCUCAAGUAUGAAGUCCAUGAGCUGCUCCAUCAGGAAGCCAUGUUUGAUGUUGCCUUCUUGACUCAGCAUAAGCUGAGGUUGCAGGAAUAAUAUAGUAAAAAUGUUGAAAAAU